AUGGACUAAAGAAUAUUACAAGACACACAAUAAAUAGCAUAAAUGACCCACGAGGAUGUAGAAAUCUAUAAUAAUUUAGCAAUGCAAAGCUUGAAGCACCAUUAAUUGGAGAAAUGUGAAUUUUGUAAUAGAUAAUUUCUAGAGGAAAAGUUCAAAUCACAUAAAGAUAUAUGCCAAGAUAUUUGCGCCUGGACCUGCUUGAUAAACAGAAUGGAACCCAAUGAGUAGAGUUUACAAUACGUAGAGGCCUUUGGAAGCUUUGAGAUUGAAGAUUUAAUGGUUUAAGACAUGAAUAUGAAUCAAUAAAAAACCCAUUUAUAACUUCAAUCUCAAAAAAAUAUUCCUUUUAAUCAAAGAAAUUCGUAGUUGGACUAACGAUCAUCCCUUAGAAAACAUUGGGAAGUGUAAUAAACUAAUCAAGGAGAUGUUGAUUAUAAACUCAUUGAAACUAAUUCAACAGAAAAGCUGUAAAAGAACUUCUCAGAGAUUAAGAAACAAAACAAGGAAAGUUUUAAUGAGUUUAAGUAGCAAAUAAGAGGAGUUCAACCAUAGCAAGUAACACAGGUUUCAGACAGAUCACCAACCUAACCAAACCAAAGACAUAAAUAAAAGCUUAAAGCCAUAGAAAAUAAAAAGCAUGUCUCUAGGGAUACCUAUGAGGAUGAUACCUCACCUCAAACUAACGAGGAUUAUCACUAAUUUGAAGAUAGACUUGAGUGUGAAUAUUGUUAAAGAAAGUUUAUUCAAGAUCGCAUAGUCAAGCAUCAAGAGAUUUGCAAAAGAAUUAACAGUAAAAAGGACUCACUAGCACAUGAGUAUAAGACUAUAACACCUUUAAAGUUACUCCCUAAGCCUUUUUCAAAUCAGAAUUCAGCCAACAAGCCCUCUAGGAUAAAUCAGAUUAAGGAUAAGUAUUAUAAGCAACCAGGGACUACCUCAGAAUCAAACGAUGAUAAAACUCAUACUUUCAGAAGAAUCGAUCUGAUUCAAUGUGAGAGCAAUGAACAAAAUAUUAAUAAUAUAAAUAAUACUCUGAGUCCAUUUAAAAGAACAAAAAGAGACCUUUCUCACUACGAAUAAGGCAUAGAAGAAAUAAAUAAAGCUAUCAAUUCUGCUAGAUUUACUAUUGACUCUUUAACUAGCAAAGUCAUCAGGAUUAGAGAGACAUCAGUAAGAAAACUUUCAGUAACUGAUGGUGAUUAAAGUGAGUAAAUUAAGUCACGAAAUUCAUUUGUGAUAGGUUAGGAUAAAUAGUAAACGACAACAAAUUAGAAAGGCAAUAAUUUGCUAUUAGGAGCUAGCGGUAAUCUAAUAAUAAAAUAGGGUAUUAUCAGUAACGAAAAAGAUGAAGAAACCUAAAAUAAAUUGCAAGAAUUGCAAAAAAAAUCUAUUCAUAAAAAAUCAAUGAAAUUUAACCAGACAAUAUCAGAUAAGAUUGGGAUUAUAUAAUGUGAUUUAGCGGAUAUUGAAUAGCCUGCUUGUGAAUUCAAAUUUGAGGAAUAGAAAAGUUCAAAGCAUUAGAGAAUCCUUAGUUUGAUAUCAUAAAAUGAUCAUAGCCAAAAUCAAAGAUCCUAGAAUCCGAGUAAAGAGAGAUUAGGUUAAUCAUAAAACUAACUAAUCAAAAUCUCUCAUAACUUUUAGCCAAAGGUCUCACCAAAUCCAACUCCUCAACCAGAUUAAAAAUCUAUAUAGAUUAUUCAGAAUGAGAUUGAUUUAAGUGCUUAUAGCAAUAACAAUAUCAAUAGCAAUAGUGUUCCAAUGUCUUAGUAAUAUAACCCCUCUCUUAUGUAGAAUCCAAAAAGUAAGUAAGGCAAAAACUCUAUCAAGUAAAAGACAAUUACAUUAUUUCUGAAUAAUUAAAACCUGCAGUUCUAACAAAGUCAAUCAUCUUAUAUUUCAAUGAACACAAGUUUAAGCACUCCAAAGAAUUCAGCACUGAGAUUGAGUUCAAGUAACUUUCCUAUCACUCAAAAUCUGAAUGAUGGAUCUUAGUCUGUAAGGUCCUCAAAGAAUAACAUUACAACUUUCAAUGAGCAAGGAAACUCAAUUAAAAGUGGAAGCAACAAGUCUCAGCCUAAGAAGAAUUCUCAAAAUUUCUAAUCCCUUAUACCUAGGAUAAUUCCAGUAAUAAAAGAAGAGGAUCAAUAGAUUCAAUUUAACAUUUAAAAAAUUUAAUCUGUUCAAAAGGAAUCAAGACAAGCAAUAAAGGGGCAAAAAACAAAUGAGAGCCAAAUAGAUCCCAAAAAAAGUGGAGAGUUCGGUAUUAAGGCUAAGAUAAUCUAACAUUCGAUACAAAGCUUAAUCAAUGUUAAUUAAAUGCCGAAACUAAGAUCCUCCUCUUCUUAAAGUAAAAAUAUAGGAUUAAUGUAAAAAACAAACUCAGCUAAGCAACUUAAAGAAACAAUUUAAUCUAAGGUAAAUCAAGACAAUUCAAUAAAAUCACAAAUAGCUAAUCACAGUAAUCAGUAGAAACUACCUUCAAACUAUAAGCCUAGCACGGACUAUCAACCUUAUCUUGACCAUUCAUAAGCUAACUUUGGAGCAAAAACUACAAUUACAAUCAAUAACGGUUUUAACUAGACUUCAGGAACAACUUAAAGCACUUAAUAAUAAAAUAAUAAUGCUAAAAAAUCAGUUGAUACUUCAUCUACUCAACAAAAACCUUAGGCUUAGGUACUCCAGAGUCAAACUGCAAAUCCAACUAAAAAGUAAAAGCAAGAAAUUAAGCCUCCUUCAAAUACUCAUAAGCAAACAUUAAAACUCAAUACUACAGUAACUUCAAACAAUAAAGCAACUUAAUAGGCUCAAAUGACUUCUUCACAGCAGAAAGACGAGGCUAAUGUAUCACUUAAAUUCUGCACUUCUUGUGGCUGGAAGUAUAGAGAAGCUGACAAGUUUUGCGGUUCUUGUGGAUUCAAGAGAUUAUGA